UGCAGUACCUUUCUCUUUUUGUUGGUUAUCAAUUGUGCUGAUGGUUUUGGUUCGUUUCGAGAUAAAAUUCCAAAUGGUCGAAAUGUACCCCAUCCUUGUGAUCCGACAACAAUAUGGCAAGGUGUGGGACACGAGGCACGGGGAGGAGGAGGCCAACGAAAUCCAUUCGGACUGAACUUCAACAGGGAAGGAAAUACAUGGACUUCUACACUUUGUCGUAUGGAUUCAGAUGGCGAUGGUAAGACCAAUGGACAAGAAUUAGGAGAUCCGGAUUGUGAGUGGACACCAAAUAACGAACCAAAAUCUGUAGUGGGCCUGUCGCAUCCUGUAUUACUAGGUGUAUGUGAACCUCUUGGUGACCCAAAAUGCGCAGGAAAGAACAAUUUUCUGCAAUGUAACGACCUUUCCUUUAACUGUGAUAUGGAAAAAGAUACGAUUAACCAAACAUUGAAAUUUCCAACAACCAUGGUGCCAGCAACGGAAACAAAUUAUUUCUGCAUGACCUUUGACCUCCUAACAGAUGGAGAUUACCAUCUUAUUGCUUCAGAGCCAUUGAUUGACAAUGCUGAUGUGUUACAUCACAUGAUUUUAUACGGGUGCAAAGAUACAGUGAACGCGACAUCUACUCCCGAGAGCUGUGGAAUGGCCAAGGAAAACUGCAAUGAUAUGAUAGCGCUCUGGGCUUUAGGAUUUACUGGUGAAUGCCUUCAUAAAGAUACUGGUUUCAGGAUUGGAAUUAAUGGAAUCAAGAAAGCUACGUUAGAG